AUGGCCAACAAUUUAGGAAAUCUUGCCCUCGAUGGCGGCGAUCCUCGCAUUGACGGAGUAGGCGAGGUCAACGUACCAACGACUGUUCGUCGCAACUUGCAUGAUCCAAAUGUCCCCUUUGAGGAAUACUUGUACUAUGCGAAGAUUCAGCGGGAACAAGAGAAGAAUGGACUUGGUCCAGAGGAACGAGAGCGAAUGUACCAGGAGUAUCUUGCCGGAGUAGACCAAGUUGCCGGAAAGGAGAUUGGCAACGAGAAACAUGCUCUUCCAGAAAUUGAGAAUGAAAAGGCCGAGCCCCAGCCAGUCGACGAGUCAAAACCUAGUUCCAUUACCAAAGCCGCCAAUCCUUCGUUCGUCGGAGCUGGUGAAUGGGAAACCGCAUCCCGAGCAGCAAGAAACGCUACGUGGGGAGCUGUUGUAUACCUUAUCACCACCGAUAUUUUGGGGCCCUCAAACGCACCAUACGCCGUUUCACAAUUUGGAUAUGUUGGAGGAGUAAUGAUGUAUUUCUUCAUGGGUGUCAUGGCUUUCUUUGCUGGAUGGCAAAUUUGGCGCAUGUUCUUGAAGCUCGACAGUGAUAAGUAUCCAAUGAGGACGUUUGGUGACUUAGGCUUCAGAAUUUUCGGAGCUUAUUCUCGUCAUGGUAUUAAUCUUCUGCAAAGCAUCCAACUUCUGUUCAAUGUUGGUGUUAUUGUCAUCUCUAACGGUCAAGCACUCUCGCAAAUGUCCAAAUACAAGCUCUGCUUUUCCAUCUGUAUCUUGGUCUGGGCACUCGGUGGUAUGCUCUUGGGUCAGAUCCGUUCUCUACAGAAGUUUGGAUAUCUUGCCAAUUUCGCCAUUUGGUUAAACAUUCUUGUUAUUUUAAUGACCAUGGGCGUGGCAGCAAACAGUCCUCCCAAUUAUGACGCCGUGUUAGCAUCUUUUGGUAUCGCGAAAGCUCCUAUCAAACAUACCAUUUGGAUCCCUUCCGGCUCAACUUUCGAUUCGCAAUUGAGCUCUGCUAUGCAAAUCGUCUAUGCUUACGGUGGGGCAAUGUUGUAUUGUGAAUUCAUGGCUGAAAUGAAACGACCACUCGAUUUCAUCAAGGCGCAAUUCCUAGCUGAAAUAUUCAUCUUCACUUGCUACCUCAUCUUCGGUCUCGUCCUUUACUCGCAGCAAGGCCAAUUCACCUACAAUCCAGCCAAUCAGGGGCUCUCACCCUACUCGUGGCAAACCGUCACCAAUGCAAUCAACCUUGUUUCUGGCCUCAUUGCUGCAGUUCUAUACGGUAACAUCGGCAUCAAGGUCAUUUACCAAAACAUUGUUGAAGAUCUCUUCGGUGGCCCAGAGCUCACCACCAAGAAAGGAAAACUCAUUUGGAUUGCCAUCGUACCUUUGUACUGGGCAUUUGCAUUUAUUCUCGGAUCCGCAGUUCCUCAAUUCACCAACAUCUCUUCGCUCGUUGCUGCGGUCUGCAUCAUGCAAUUCACCUAUACCUUCCCCACACUUCUCUACUUUGGUAUGACCAUCAAAGAAGAUGCCAUGCAUCCAGAUGAAAAAUUCGACCCUGCCACCGGAACUAUAAAUAGAAUCGAUACCUGGAAAGACAUGAGCAGAUGGAAGAGAGGUCUUAUCCCAAGAUGGUGGUUGAAGGUCUUCUGUUUCUUGUUCUUUUUGGCAAGCGCUGCUACUGCCGUUUUGGGCAUGUAUACCAGUAUCAAAAGUAUCAUUGCCAGUUUCGGAUUGGGUCAUGCAACUAGUUUUGGAUGCAAGAGUCCGGUUGGAUAUGCUUAG